UGUAAAAAAAAAAUUGUCAAUAGUUAUUCAGAAUUUAACAUUUAUAAUAAAAAUGAAGAAUUGGCAAUUGAUAUCUCUUAUUUUGAUAAUAUCCUGUGUGAUAUUUAAUGAAGGGAUUCAAUAUUCAGGUGACGAUGUAAUAUGCCAAUUUGAAAAAGGUACCACUAGAAAAGCUGCUGAAAACGGAAACUUAGAAUUUUUAAUAUAUGCCCGUGAAUAUGGAUGUGAAUGGGAUGAUGAUACGACUUUUGUAGCUGCUUCAUAUGGUAAUUUAGAAUGUUUAAAAUAUGCUCAUGAAAAUGGAUGUGAAUGGAACGAAGAAACAACAAAGGCUGCUGCUAAAAAAGGAUAUUUAGAAAUCUUAAAGUAUUUACAUAAAAAUAAAUGUCCGUGGAAUGAAAGCACGACAGAAGCAGCUGCAAAAUAUGGUAAUUUAGAAUGUUUAAAAUAUGCUCAUGAAAAUGGAUGUGAAUGGAACGAAGAAACAACAAAGGCUGCUGCUAAAAAAGGAUAUUUAGAAAUCUUAAAGUAUUUACAUAAAAAUAAAUGUCCGUGGAAUGAAAGCACGACAGAAGCAGCUGCAAAAUAUGGUAAUUUAGAAUGUUUAAAAUAUGCUCAUGAAAAUGGAUGUGAAUGGAACGAAGAAACAACAAAGGCUGCUGCUAAAAAAGGAUAUUUAGAAAUCUUAAAGUAUUUACAUAAAAAUAAAUGUCCGUGGAAUGAAAGCACGACAGAAGCAGCUGCAAAAUAUGGUAAUUUAGAAUGUUUAAAAUAUGCUCAUGAAAAUGGAUGUGAAUGGAACGAAGAAACAACAAAGGCUGCUGCUAAAAAAGGAUAUUUAGAAAUCUUAAAGUAUUUACAUAAAAAUAAAUGUCCGUGGAAUGAAAGCACGACAGAAGCAGCUGCAAAAUAUGGUAAUUUAGAAUGUUUAAAAUAUGCUCAUGAAAAUGGAUGUGAAUGGAACGAAGAAACAACAAAGGCUGCUGCUAAAAAAGGAUAUUUAGAAAUCUUAAAGUAUUUACAUAAAAAUAAAUGUCCGUGGAAUGAAAGCACGACAGAAGCAGCUGCAAAAUAUGGUAAUUUAGAAUGUUUAAAAUAUGCUCAUGAAAAUGGAUGUGAAUGGAACGAAGAAACAACAAAGGCUGCUGCUAAAAAAGGAUAUUUAGAAAUCUUAAAGUAUUUACAUAAAAAUAAAUGUCCGUGGAAUGAAAGCACGACAGAAGCAGCUGCAAAAUAUGGUAAUUUAGAAUGUUUAAAAUAUGCUCAUGAAAAUGGAUGUGAAUGGAACGAAGAAACAACAAAGGCUGCUGCUAAAAAAGGAUAUUUAGAAAUCUUAAAGUAUUUACAUAAAAAUAAAUGUCCGUGGAAUGAAAGCACGACAGAAGCAGCUGCAAAAUAUGGUCAUUUGGAAUGCUUAAAAUAUGCAUAUGAAAAUGGCUGUGAAUGGAAUGAACUCACUAUUGUGUUCAGGGCUAUUCAAACAGAUAAUCUAGAAAUUUUAAAAUAUGCCCACGAAAAUUUAUGCGAAUUGAAUAAAGAUGCAACUACUAUGGCUGCCUUAGAAGGUAAUCUAAAAAUUUUAAAAUAUUUACAUAAAAAUAAAUAUCCUUGGGAUGAAAAUACAACAUGCGGAGCUGCUUCUAAUGGUAAAUUAGAAUGUUUAAAAUAUGCUUAUGAAAAUGGAUGUCCUUGGAAUGAAAAUACAACACGUGGAGCUGCUUCUGGUGGUGAAUUAGAAUGUUUAAAAUAUGCUCAUGAAAAUGGAUGUCCUUGGGAUGAAGUCACAACAGAUGCGGCUGCUUAUUAUGGAGAACUAGAAUGUUUAAAAUAUGCUCAUGAAAAUGGAUGUCCCUGGAAUGAAAACAUAACACGUGGAGCUGCUGCUUAUGGUGAAUUAGAAUGUUUAAAAUAUGCUCAUGAAAAUGGAUGUCCUUGGGAUGAAGUCACAACAUGCGGAGCUGCAUCUAGUGGUGAAUUAGAAUGUUUAAAAUAUGCUCAUGAAAAUGGAUGUCCUUGGGAUGAAAAUACAACACGUGGAGCUGCUUCUAGUGGUGAAUUAGAAUGUUUAAAAUAUGCUCAUGAAAAUGGAUGUCGUUGGGAUGAAAAUACAACAUGCGGAGCUGCAUCUAGUGGUGAAUUAGAAUGUUUAAAAUAUGCUCAUGAAAAUGGAUGUCCUUGGGAUGAAAAAACAACACGUGGAGCUGCUUCUAGUGGUAAAUUUAAAUGUUUGAAAUAUGCUCAUGAAAAUAAAUGUCCAUGGGAUAAAAGUACAACAGAAAGAGCUGCUGCUAAUGGACAUUUAAAAUGUUUAAUAUAUGCUCAUGAAAAUGGAUGCUUUUGGAAUGAAACUACGAUAAGGGUGGCUGCACAUAAUAGUAAGUUUGAGUGUUUAAAAUAUGCCCAUACAAAUGGAUGUCCGUGGGAUGAAGCCACAACUAGAGCUGCUGCAGCAAGUGGGUGUUUAAACUGCUUGAUAUAUGCUAAUGUAAAGAGAUGUAAUUGGGAUAAAGAUACGAUAGCUGCAGCAGCUGUGCAUGGUAAUUUAGAUUGUUUAAAAUAUGCCCAUAAAUAUGGAUGUGAAUGGGUUGAAGGUACAAUGAGAUUGGCUGCUGCGAAUGGACAUUUAGACUGCAUUAAAUAUGCCCAUGAAAAUGGUUGUGAGUGGGACGAAGGCACAACAAGGGAGGCUGCUGCUAGUGGUUAUAUUGACUGUUUGGUGUAUGCACAUAAAAAUGGAUGUAAAUGGGAUGAAGGGACAAAGAGUGGUGCUGCUGCAAAUGGUCACAUAGACUGCCUAAAAUAUAGUCAUUUAAAUGGAUGUUUGUGGGACGAAGGGACAACAAGACUUGCUGCUGCAAAUGGUCAAUUUGAUUGCUUAAAAUAUGCCCAUGAAAAUUAUUGUCCAUGGAGUAGAGGAACAAUUUAUGAAGCUACUCAAAAAAAUUAUAUAAGUAUAAUCAACUAUGCUGUCGAAAAUGGCUGUCUUAAUUAAUUUUUU